UUGGAAUCGGUGGGCAGCGUGCUGGUUCCUGGAAGAGCCCUGGGGGAGUCAGACGCAUUGUUGGCUGUGAUUCAAUGCCUGACCUAGACGCCGACAAACAGAGGGGAGAAGGCAGUCUGAGCUGCAAGGUCGUAUUGUGUGGAUGUGCUGGGUCUUCACGCUUGCGGAGCGCAGGGGAAAAAGGGGGGAAAAAAGGGAAACAAAGUACUGACUUUAAAAGAAAACUGGGGACUGGAUUUCGGGAGGACUCGCUUGUUGGAAAUCUUUUUGAAAGAGCACACGGUUGUGGAUAUGUUUGAAGGCAAGAGUGCUGCAGAAGCACAGCACGCCUGAGAGACUGGAUUUCAUGAGCGACUUUAAUUUUGUCUGUGCCGGUGGGGCAAAGUUGGGCGCCGCGGCUUUUUAAAGAAGGGUUUGUCGGAUUUUUUUUUGGUGCAAAACGGGUGUGCUUUUGGGGGUCCGGAAUCAUGGAGACUCUGCCACGGUCUAGUUUUCAGCCUCACCCAGGGCUCCAGCAAACCUUGAAGCAGUUUCAUCUCAGCAGUAUGAGUUCGCUCGGGGGACCGGCAGCUUUCUCUGCCCGGUGGGCUCAGGAGAUGAUGUAUAAAAAGGAGACGGGGAAAGAGACCGAUCAGAUCAUCCACUUGCCCAUCCAGCCCCCUCCUGUCAUGCCGGGGCCCCUCUUCAUCCCCUCGGACCGAUCAACGGAGAGGUGCGAGACCAUUCUGGACGGUGAGACUAUCUCUUGCUUCGUAGUUGGCGGGGAGAAGAGGCUGUGCCUGCCUCAGAUCCUGAACUCCGUCCUUAGAGAUUUUUCUCUCCAGCAGAUCAAUUCGGUGUGCGAUGAAUUACAUAUUUACUGCUCUCGAUGCACGGCGGACCAGCUGGAGAUCCUGAAAGUCAUGGGAAUCCUGCCCUUCUCUGCUCCAUCCUGUGGCUUGAUCACCAAGACAGACGCAGAGCGGCUUUGCAAUGCCUUGCUCUACGGGGGAACCUACCCUCCUCAUUGCAAAAAAGAAUUCUCCAGCACCAUUGAGUUGGAGAUCACGGAGAAAAGCUUCAAAGUGUACCACGAGUGUUUUGGGAAGUGCAAGGGACUCUUUGUGCCGGAGUUGUACGGCAACCCCCAUGCUGCGUGCAUCCAGUGCAUGGACUGCAGGCUCAUGUACCCUCCUCACAAAUUUGUCGUGCAUUCGCACAAAUCAUUGGAAAACAGAACCUGCCACUGGGGUUUCGAUUCGGCCAACUGGAGAGCCUACGUUCUUUUGAGUCAGGAUUACACAGGAAAAGAGGAGAAAACUCGAUUUGAACAGUUGCUGGAUGAAAUAAAAGAAAAAUUUGACUACAGCAAUAAAUACAAAAGAAAAGCGCCCAGGGUCCCCUUUGAUCAAACAGUGUUUAAAAAGUUCAAGAAAGAUGAAACCCUUUCAGAGCAUCCAACUACAAGCGAGAAGGAGAAACAGCCUGAAUGGUGGAGGUCGUUCUCCUCUCCUUCUGGCAUGAAGAAUGUUCUAAGUAGCAGUUGUGUACAUUCUCAGCAAAGACUCUCCGCCUUCCGACCCUGGUCACCAGCCACUUCCACAACUGAAAAAGAAACUCUGACUCACCUCCCUGCACUAUCGCGGGACAGUUUCUAUGCAUACAAAAAUUACGAAAGUUCAGUGGCGCCAAAUGUAGCCCUAACACCACUGCCCCAGCAGAGGACUGGACGACAGUCACCACUGGCCACUACAGCCACACAGAACGCCGGGACUCCAAAUGAAGUUAACAGACCUCGGAAAAGGAGGGUAACAGCCGAAACAGAGCUUGAACAGGAAGCAGCUGUUCCUCUUGCUGCCACGUUUCCUUCUGAAGACAAAGAUUCAGAUGCUGAAGUGGAAGUCGAAAGCAGAGAAGGAUUCACAUCGUCAUUGUCUUCACUUUCUUCUCCUUCCUUCACCUCAUCUGGCUCAUCAGCGAAGGAUCUGAGCUCACCUGGAGUCCAAGUCGCAUCCAGUGCAGCCCAGGAGAGUUGGGGCCACACAGAAGCACACAACGGUGGACUGGAAGUGGAGCUAGAGCAACUGAGGCAGGCCUUGGACAUUGGAAUUGACACCAAGGAGGCCAAGGAGAAAUUCUUGCAUGAAAUCAUAAAGAUGCGAGUGAAGCAGGAGGAAAAACUGAAUGCUGCUUUGCAAGCCAAGCGCAGCUUGCAGCAGGAGCUUGAAUUUCUCCGUGUUGCCAAGAAAGAGAAACUACGUGAAGCCACAGAGGCCAAGCGCAACCUGCGAAAGGAGAUCGAGCGCCUUCGCACGGAGAAUGAGAAGAAGAUGAAAGAGGCAAACGAGUCGCGGAUAAGGCUAAAACGUGAACUAGAACAAGCCAAACAAAUCAGGGUCUGUGACAAAGGCUGUGAAGCUGGGCGACUGAGGAUCAAAUACUCUGCGCAGAUCGAGGAGCUGCAGGUGAAAUUGCAACAUGCCGAGGCGGAUCGCGAACAACUGCGGGCAGACCUGCUACGGGAGCGCGAGGCACGGGAACACUUGGAAAAAAUGGUGAAAGAGCUGCAGGAGCAACUCUGGUUGAAACCAAGCAACUCCACCUCCAGUAAAGUGGCUUCGAAAGACAGUGAAAUUUAAAAGAAAAAUAUACGCGAAACUGUGUGCAUGAGUGCGUGUGUGUGAACGUGUGUGUAUAUCUUCACACAUACACACAGCGGAUACAAGAGUUGCCUGUUUUCGGAGAAAGAAUGUUACUUCAGACACACGCACUGAAACUACCCUCCCCUAAUAACACUGUACCGCACAGAAAAUGUGUGCCUGCCAUCCUGCCAGGCUUCAGAUAUUAAAACUGUUUCAGAGAUACUUUAAUACGGUUAGCGACAGCACCAAGGAUUCUUUUACUACUAUUUAGGGUUUUUUUUUUCUACAGCUCAUCACAUGAUGUACAGGAUUCCUGGACAACUGUCAAAUAAUUGUACCAAAUAAAACAAAAGGAAGGAGGAACAAAAAAAAUGGGGUGGGGGAGGGGUGGCAGUGUUUUCUCUGGUAACUUACAGAACUCUUCAAAUUCUACUUUUGUAAUAAGCUAUUGAAGUACAGAAACAAAGAAAAACAGAAGACUUGAUUUUAAACCAAGUUUGAAAUAUGGCAGUUGUUAUGAAGACAUGCUUUCCUCUUGGUCCGUCUCAUGUGGUUUCCCCAGGACUGCCCAUCUUGUCAGCUGCUGUUGCUCCCCAGAUCUCUCCAAUUUGUUUUUCUUCUUCUUGAUUUAAAGCACCCUGAGUCAAAUCAGAAGCCAUGGAACAACUUUUACUGCAACACCCCGCCUUUUAAAGAAGAAGAGAUAAAUAGCUCGUGGAGUCUUUCAAAGACUUUUCAUUUCCCCUCCUCCACCCUCCCCAGCCACCAUCUAUCUCUCUCUGUUUAGUUGGAUCAUUUUCAGCUGGAGGGGAGUUAAAUACUUUCUUGGCCUUAUCAGCGACAGAGCAUUCUCUGGAAAGACUUGAAAAUUUUGUGGUUUUAUUUUUUUUGUGUUUGAGAGAAGCGAUUGCAGUGUGAUUCUAACUCCAGUACACUUCAAUGAGAAGAAGAAAAUGGAUGAAGAGAGAGAGAGAGAGAGAGAGAGAAAUAUCACAAGGAAAACUGGGACAGUUGUUAAGAGAUUACAAACAACAGAAGAAAAUCAUUAUAAUUGGGACACCAUUCCAAAAAUUUUUUUUUUGCAAAAUCUAUUAAAUUUUACCAAAGCAGCAUUUUGUACCUGCUGCUUUUCUCUGUUCACAGUAUUUACAGUGCUCUUUUUUCAACAAUAUUAUUGUAUUUUUUCAAAAUUCUAUUUUUUUUUUGUUUUUCUGCAUUGUACCAUUCGGUGAUUCAUUGUGUUUGCUGGACUAACAUUACAGAGUACCAGAUCAAUUGGGUAUCUUGCUUAGUAAGAUGCAUGUGUGUGUACUUCCCCCCCCCCCCCAUUAAGAAUCAGUAAUGAAAAUACUGGCUUUUAAAGGUAUUGCAGAUCAACACAUACAAAAUGCUGGAGGAACAACUCAGCAGGUCAGGCUGCAUCUAUGGAAAGGAAUAAAGGGUUGACAUUUCAGGCCGAGACCCUUUGUCAGCUUAUGUUAAAGAUACCACAACUGGGCUAAAUUCAUUUUGGCACAACUCCUGUACAGAACAAAUCUGAAGUAAUUCUAUAAAUUCUUUCUGCUGAGAAGAAUUUGUUGCGUUUUAAUUAGCAUUUUCUGGAGGAGGCAUGGUUCUGUGCUUUGUUUUGAUCACACGAACUCUGUAAGUUCUUUAGAUAUAUUACCAAGGAGAUCUGAGGUACUCACUCAUUGGGGGAAACGCAGAUGUUGAUUCCUCUGGCUAAUCGCUGCACACUUUUCUCUCCCACCUCUGAUUCAAUCCAAGUUUCACCCACAGUGAAUGCUCCCCUCCCCUCUCCUGCCUAUAACACGAUUGCAUUUUCUCACAGAUGUCCACCGUAUUUACAACCGAGAUCCAGAACAUGGCAUGAAGCCAAAACCCCGCUGAGCUUACCACCAACAAAUGCCACCCUAGCGUAGCAGUUAGCGCAACACCAUUAACAGCUCGGAGGGGGGCGUUUCGGAGUUCAGAGUUCAAUUCCAGUGCCACCUGUAAAGAGUUUGAACAAUCUCCCCGAGAACCAUGUGGGUUUCCUCUGAGUGCUCUGGUUUCCUUCCAUAGCCCAAAGAUGUGCAAGUGUGUAGGUUGAUUGAUCAUUGUAAAUUGCCAUGUGGCUAGGCUGGGGUUAAAUAGGUGGGUUGAUGGAUACACCAGCUCGUUUGGCCGGAACGGCCUAUUCCGCACUGUGUCUGAAUAAGUAAAUAGAAUGUGUUAGGGUGAGGUUGGUUGAAACAAUUAUGGCAAGAUGUACAAUUCUGCACCUGCUGUGUUAUCGAAAACUGAGCCAGGACCCAAUAAGAUCGAGUAAUCUGGUGUUAGUUAAUGUUCUGUUGUAAACUACAUUAAUGUUUUUUUUCUCUCUCUUAAUACUUAAAAGACACCCACUGCUGUGUUCCAUUAAUAAGGAUAAAGAAAAAUAUUUAUUAUACAGAAUGAGUAAAAGCAAAAAAAAAUAAGUGUUUAAAAAUAUUCUGCAUGAAUCCAGUAUAAUCACCAUUGUUACCAUGAGAUUUAAGGGGCAGGUCUUCAGCGAUUAGGUACAAAUGAAAGCUAUCGAUUGAAAGAGUUGACAGGGCAGUCCAAGAGGUGUGGGUGUUUAAAACACAAAUCUGGAGGUAAUGGGGUGAACAUUGUAAACUUUUUUUUAAUGGUGCAACAGUGGAUUGUGAUAAUCCCACCGUACUAUGGGAUUCAGAUUCACGCCUGUGAAGACAAAAUUUUAAUACAAACACAUAAUAAUUCCCCCGUUAUGAGUGCAAUGUAAGCGGAGCAUAGAUCACGCUUAUGCAAUUAUGUGGGAUAUUUCUGCUUUAUCUGUUUUUUUUUAAUGGGAAGACUCAAUAUCUUUCAUAUGCAUGGAGUUACAAUAUUUCUACCAUACAGUACUCUUUAACGGGCAUUAAAACUUGUAUAUUUAAAGGGUUUUAUGUUUAUAUAAUAUGCAAAAAAUCAGCCUUAUAUGUCAUUAUUCUUUUCUGGUGUCUCAUGCAAUCUGUUAUAUUGACUUGUUUGAUACAGUUAUACAAAAAAGGAACAGUGCAGUAGCAGUCACUGACUUUCCUGACAGAAGAGAUGUCGUUUUGUGUUCUUUUUGUAAGCAGCUUAUUGUUCAAUCAGUAGUGAUGAUUCAUGUUACUUUCAUACAAACGUUUCAAAUAGUUGGGGGGGGGGAAUAAAAGGCAAAAAAAAAUAAUUCAGGAAAAAAAUGUUUUUAAACAAAUACAUUCUUCAGCAAUAAUGCUUUUUAUGUGAGGGGCAGCUAACUACAGCUGGGUUUUUGCACCAAUAAUCUCCAAGAGUUACUUGAUGGAAAACAAAAUUGUUCAUAUAGUUUUUAGUUAAAUCUUAAUAGAGUUUUGCAUGCAGAUGAGCGAAGAGUACAGAAGAGGGUUGAUUACAGUAAUAAAAAGUUUUUCAUAUUUUUAUGUUAAUGUAGAUUUUUUAUUUGUAAUUUUUUUAUACCAGUUAGUUUUCUUGUGUGUGGUGUGCGAGUGUUGUCUUUUUUUAAGUAAUGUAUGCAUAAACACAUAAAGCAGUAUUUUAUCCUUUAACACACAGUAACACAAUAAUCUAUUAUUUUAUGGUGCGGUCUCUGUUUUGACUCUACUAUCCCCAUUGCUAUUGUUUUAUUGUCAUCUGAUGCAACUUAUUUCCAUAUCAUUACAAGGGAUUUUUUUUUAUGUAUGAAAACCAAACUCCUGCUUUGAAUAAGAGUCAUGAGCCUUCUAUUUAAGGGGACCUAUUGGCAUAAAAACCCAGUAAUCAUUUUAAACUGCUUCACUAUGAACUAGCCAGUGUACAAAAAAAACCCUGUAAAUACUUCUUUUCAUCAUUUUAUGCUCUGUAUUAUAAGUGUAUAUUGUGCUCACCUCCAAUAUUUUUUCUGAUCUAUUAAUAUGUUAUAGUUGUUAUUGGAUUGUGUCAUUGUCUGGAUUACUACAAUCAGUAAUUGCUCCAAAGGACUCACUUUGAAAUGGGUUCCAGCUUUAACUGCACCCUCCAAACCCUUUUUUUUCCAAAUAUUUGAGAAAUUCAACUUUAAUCUUUACUUCAACCGCUCCCCCCCAAAACUCCCCUCAUCUCCCCCCCCCCCCCAUAUUAAGGCUGUUUUUCUUUAAUUAAACAAAGCGUCAUUUUUUAUUCUCCUCAGAAUAAUUCUUAAGAAAAGAAUAAAUAAUUGUUAUUUGCAACAGUGAAUCUUGAAUGACACUGUAUUUGGGCCUCUUUACUGCGUCUACGUUCUAUGUCAGCCAGCAGGACUCUCGGUCGCAUUACCUAUGCAUUUCAACAUAUUUAUAUUUGAUUUUCUUUCAUAUGUAAGCUGCUGCUAAGAUAAGCAACUUAAUUUCCAAUCUUUAGAACUAUUUUUAUGUAAUAAUAAAUGUAUGCUUUCUUGUUUAUAAAUGCCUAAACAAAAAAAAAACUGCUCGGCUUAUUUAUCUACUGCGCUGUGUACCUGUCUGCCCCUUCCCCUCUCUCCUUUCCACCAUUCCACUCCCUGACCUUCCUACCAGUAAUGUAAUAUAAAAGACUUGAUGAGAUAUGUAAGAAAUAGCAAUGCAAAAUCACAGUUUGCAAUGGACACAGUGACUGAAUGUACAGUGUAUAGAUGGCAUUACCAUAAAUAAAAAAAUGUUUGCCCAGAA